AUGCCUGAAGAAAGCCUGACAGAGCGGCUGCAGCGCCACAAGAAGCUGUUUGACGAGAUCGAUACAAAAAAUAACGGGAAGUUCACGCUCGAGGACUUUGAGCGAGCGCUGCAAUUUACCGACCAUCCGCUCAAGGACUCGCAUUUCGCAAUCUCUCAGAUCUACAAGUCUCUUGCUGGCCAAGAAGCAGCUAGUGAUUGGAUCAGCUUUGACAAGUUUAACCAGUACCUCAUCCAGGCAGAGGCCCAAUUGGCCAAAGGUUUUGAGAACGUCGACCGUGACCACGACGGCAAGGUCACAAAGAAGGAUGUGGAGUCGUACUUGUUCAAGCUGGGUUUAAAACCCACUCCAUCUGAGGUUGACACCUUUUUCAGAAAACUAGACUUCGAAGACCGCGGGUUUGUCACGUUCGAGAUGUUUCGUGACGGGCUGCUGCUCAUUCCGCGGCUGGAAGGAUCGCGGGUCCGCACAGCCUUCAAAUUCCUCAACGAUGAGAUGGAGAAUAUCUCCUCUGAAGGAGACGUCACCGUCAGCGACGACGUCCUCAAGAGCGUAGGAUAUUUUCUUGCGGGAGGGCUUUCCGGUGUUGUUUCCAGAACCUGCACGGCGCCAUUCGAUCGAGUCAAGGUGUUCCUGAUUGCCAGAACCGACCUGGCGUCGACGCUCUUAAACAACAGACAAGAAUUGCAAAGCAAAAUUCAGGAGAAAGUGCAUCAUCCGGUGCCCAAGAAGAAGAUACAGUCGCCACUGGUCCGCGCCGCAAAAACAUUGUACAAACAGGGUGGACUUCGUGCAUUUUAUGUUGGAAAUGGACUCAACGUCCUCAAAGUGUUCCCCGAGAGCGCGAUGAAAUUCGGGUCGUUUGAGGCCACCAAGAAGUUUCUGUGCGGUGUCGAGGGAGUAGAUGACGUGUCGAAGCUUUCGAAAGUGUCAACUUUCGUGUCCGGGGGUGUUGGUGGAGUUAUUGCACAGAUAACCGUUUAUCCAAUAGACACGCUCAAAUAUCGAAUCCAAUGCGCAUCUUUGGACUCAAAAGAAAAGGGUAACAAGCUACUUGUGAAGACCGCCAAAGACAUGUUCAAAGAAGGGGGAGUGAGGAUAUUCUACAGAGGACUACCGCUGGGACUAGGUGGAAUGUUCCCAUACGCGGCUUUAGACCUCGGAACUUUCUCCACUGUGAAAAAAUGGUACAUGAAAAAAACAGCCGAAAAACAGCACUGUUCUGUCGACGACGUGGUACUCCCGAACUACCUGGUGCUCACUCUGGGUGCAGUUAGCGGCACCUUUGGAGCCACCAUGGUGUACCCAAUCAACCUCCUCCGAACGAGAUUGCAGGCUCAGGGAACAUUCGCGCAUCCUUACACUUACGAUGGCUUCUUCGACGUGUUCAAGCAGACGGUAACCCGGGAAGGUGUUCCUGGACUUUUCAAGGGCCUGGUUCCAAAUCUGGCUAAGGUGGCUCCUGCGGUUUCAAUCAGCUAUCUCAUGUAUGAGAACUUGAAGGUGUUAUUUAAGUUGGAGUGA